UUGUCUCUCUCCUACUGGAGCUGUCACGCUGCUUCCCAUCCAGUGAUACUGUGGGCUCUGCCCCCCCCCUCGCACACUCACUCGCACACUCACUGCUACCGUUCCACGCAGACUUUCCCCCGGCACCAUGGCCCGAACUCUCCUCCUCUGUCUCUCAGUCCUACUGGGAUUCUGCCGAGCUCAGAACCAGAACUCAGACACCACCAACUACACCAGACCAGUGUUUCUGUGUGGCGGAGACAUCACAGGGGAUUCUGGGUUCAUCGCCAGUGAGGGAUUUCCAAACUAUUACCCCCCCAACAAGAGAUGUGUGUGGAAAAUCACGGUUCCAGAUGGGCACGUGGUGAUGCUCACAUUCCGUCUGCUCGACAUGGAGGCAGAUCCCAGCUGUCGCUAUGACUACCUAAACAUAUACAAUGGGCACAGCGAGACUGCCCAGAGGUUGGCACACGUCUGCGGAACCUUUCGCCCAGGAGCCCUACUCUCUACCGGGCCACAUAUGAUGUUAGAGAUGGUGACAGAUGAAGGCACAGGAGGCCGAGGAUUCAUCGCUUGGUACUCUGCUGGUUCCACCCAACCCUCGGAGAGUCAGCUCUGUGGCGGGAAGCUCGAGAAGCCCCAGGGAAGUAUAAACACCCCUAACUGGCCCGAUAAUAACUACCCAAGUGGCAUAAGCUGCUCCUGGCAUAUUGUGGCCCCAAAGGAAAAGGUCGUGGAAUUAUCAUUCGGGAAGUUCGAUGUGGAAGUGGACAGUUACUGCCGGUACGACUACCUGGCCGUGUUUAACGGGGGCAAAAGCGACGACACUCGGCUAGUUGGCAAAUUCUGUGGUGAUUCUCCACCAAAGACCGUUUACUCUGAUGGAAACGAAAUGCUGGUCCAGUUUGUGUCGGAUCUCAGUGUGACGGCGGAUGGAUUUGUGGCAAACUACAGGAUGAGGGAUGCCUCGGAGGUGCCAAAGGCCACGCCCACUUCCAAACCCAACUCCACCGGUGCUACAGACAAAACCAAGCUUAGUAAAAAACCCACAGCCAAACCAACAACCAAACCCGUCCUGAAAACCACAGCCAAGCCCACCAUGAAACCAAAGCCCACUAAAGCUGAGAAGCUUACAACCACUGCAGAACCUAAACUCAAAACCACCAAGAGCCCAGGUUCUUCGUCAGCUGUAAAGUGCCCUCAGAAGUGCAGGAAGACUGGAACCAUCCAUAAUCACUACUGCGCCAAUCAGUUUGUGGCGACGGGGACUGUGAGCUCUUUGGCACAGGGAGACUCUGAGAAGUCGCUCCUGGCGACGGUCACCAUCAUCAAAACCUACAAGGUGGAGGGACUGAGUAUCCAAGAGUCGGGAAAGAUCAUGAGCAUCAAGGUUAUCAACGAGUGUCCCAAGUGUCCAAUCCUGAAGAAAGGUUCCAGUUACCUGUUCAUGGGAGAGAUUGACGCCGAGGGGCGGGGCAGGAUCGUUCCUGCGAGUUUUGUCAUUGCCUACAAAGCUUCUCAACAUACAUUCCUCACAGCAGCCUCCAAGAAGCCCUGCUAACGAGCUCCCGCUGGGCGGAGCCAGUCCCGUCUCGGUUAAUUAUAACCUACAAGCACCUCGUGCUGUACGUACAUAUCCUCCUUGGCAAUAAGUUGCUAGAGUGCAACGCCAUUAUCCAACUUCACUCCCCCUAAUAUCGCUCAUUGCCAUUUUCUGUUCUACAACCCCCAUCCCAAGCAAUGUGUCACCCCAAAUCACCUCUGUCAUUCUCUUCUUUCCACUCUGCCCUAUGUCUUCUUUCCUUCCUUGGGCAUUGGCACCUCUUCAGUUCCAACUCCUGCUCCGCUUCUUCUUACCCCCGUCCUCCAAAAUCAUCAUCUUCUCCUUUCAUUCUGUUCCUUUUUCAUUCAUUCUCUCCUUUCUGCUCCGCUUCUUCUUACCCCUGUCCUCCAAAAUCCUCUUCUUCUUCUUUCAUUCUGUCCCUUUUUCAUUCAUUCUCUCCUUUCUGCUCCGCUUCUUCUUACCCCUGUCCUCCAAAAUCAUCAUCUUCUCCUUUCAUUCUGUUCCAUUUUCAUUCAUUCUCUCAUUUCUGCUCCGCUUCUUCUUAUCCCUGUCCUCCAAAAUCAUCAUCUUCUCCUUUCAUUCUGUUCCAUUUUCAUUCAUUCUCUCCUUUCUGCUCCGCUUCUUCUUAUCCCUGUCCUCCAAAAUCAUCAUCUUCUCCUUUCAUUCUGUUCCAUUUUCAUUCAUUCUCUCCUUUCUGCUCCGCUUCUUCUUACCCCUGUCCUCCAAAAUCAUCUUCUUCUUCUUUCAUUCUGUCCCUUUUUCAUUCAUUCUCUCCUUUCUGCUCCGCUUCUUCUUACCCCCGUUCUCCAAAAUCAUCAUCUUCUCCCUUCAUUCUGUCCCUUUUUCAUUCAUUCUCUCCUUUCUCUCUUUUCUUCUUACCCCCGUCCUUCAUAAUCUUUUUCCUCUCAUUUUAUUCUUUCUUCAUUCAUUUUCUCCUUCCUUUCCCUACAUCUCACCUUGCUUUUCUCCCUCAUCUCCAUGCCCUGCCAACCCUUCCACUGAUAAAACAAUAAAAAGCUUAGAGUUGUG